GAAGAUGUCUGGCAGCGAAGACCUGCCCGGUCCAGAUGAGCCGCUCAAAUCCCCCGAUCAGGACCGUUCAGAGCAGAGCGGAUCUCCUUAUAACCAAGAUCUCAAGAGUGUCCUGGUCACCAGCGUUUUGAACCUGGAGGAGCUGGACGUUGACCUGUACAGGGGAACGCACCACUGGGUGCCUCGCAGCCAGCGGCUGUUCGGGGGUCAGAUCAUCGGCCAGGCUCUCGUGGCUGCUGCCAAAUCCGUGGGCGACAAGCUCUACGCGCACUCCCUGCACUGCUACUUCGUGCGAGCGGGGGACCCGAAGGUUCCCGUGCUGUACCAGGUGGACCGCACCAGGGAUGGCCGCAGCUUCACCGUCCGCUCCGUGAAGGCCAUCCAGCACGGAGAGCCCAUCCUGAUCUGCCAGGCGUCGUUCCAGGUGCUGCAGCCGAGCCCCCUGCAGUACCAGUGCACCAUGCCGGUGGUGCCCCCGCCUGAAGACCUGCACACGGUGGAGGAGCUCAUCCACCGCUAUCUCAGUGAACCAGACUUGACCGAGAGGGCAAAGGAAGGCCUUAACAAACUGUUGGCCAACGAGGUUCCCAUUGAGAUAAAGCCUGUCAACCCAAUGCACUUUUAUAGACUCGCCCCGGGAGAACCCAGGAGAUUGUUCUGGGGACGAGCACGGGGUCAUAUUGGUGAAGGCAACAUGAAGCUGCACUGCUGCGUGGCUGCUUACGUGUCGGACUUUGCCCUCCUGGGCACCGUUCUUCUGCCCUACUCACAAUACAAGGCCCAGUUCAUGGCCUCCCUGGACCACGCCAUGUGGUUCCACAGCACCUUCCGCAGCGACGAGUGGAUGUUGUACGAGUGUGAAAGUCCGUGGGCAGGCAGGACCAGAGGACUGGUCCACGGCCGGCUGUGGAGGAGAGACGGGGUGCUGGCCGCCUCGUGCUGCCAGGAGGGCGUACUCCGAGUCAAACCGCUGGCAGAGACCAGCAAACUGUAGAAGCAUUCUUUAAGAAGACAUUUAUUUUCAAAUUAUCAAGCGCUUAUUUUAAUUUUUUAAUGUAUAUAUUAACAAUCAUUAAAUUCUGUCAUGGAGUGCUUUUAUGAGCUGUUUUAAAACACAUUUUUAACCUUUUUUUUUAUGACUAAAGGGAUGUAACUCCUACUUUAAAGGGGACCUAUUAUGAAAAACAAGUUUUUUCUUGCUUUAACAUAUGGUGGUCUCCGCUCAGCCUGCCAACUCGGAGAAGGAGGAAAGCAACCAAAUUCUGCAGUGUCUUCUACGACUUCUAGGAGCCCUUCUACGGCGCAUUUUUUGUUACGUAACCAAAAUGCAAACCACACACACAACUAUAAAACCGUGUAUCUGCAUGCGAGUGUCCGACUAUCGUAGCACUGCGUGACAUCGUACUCUCUGUCCAUCUCCCUCCAGCAGCUGCCACUUUAUUGAGGUUUUUGUAGUGAAAUGAGGAGGAAUCAUAGAGAUAACUUCUCAUUUCAACUAACUGGAUCAGCC